GCAGGCUKCCAGAGAGAGACAGGAUCUCUGAGACACCGAGGAGUGUCCCGGUUUCUCUCCGCUGUAAAACAUCACCWUGACCAUGAAGGUGGCUGGUGUUUUCCUGCUCCUCUCCCUGGCACUCUGCUUCUACCAAGGACUUGCCAAGGUGGAUGCAGCUGAUGUCAGAGGAACGGAGCCAUCCUGUGACAAUUUCAACAUGAGAAGAGGGUGUCCCAGGGACUUUGACCCCAUCUGCGGCACCGACRACGUCCUGUACAGCAACGAGUGCCUGCUGUGCCUUCACAACCUGCAAAGAAGCGCCCACGUGCGCAUCAAGAACAGAGGGAUGUGCAGAACCCCCCGCGCCAACUCCGCUCUGAACUGAGGCACAACCACCCUGGAGACGAGAGCGCAAAGCUGGCCCCUCACCCCCUCAAACCCCAAUAAAAUGGAAGCAUCGCCACGUCUUG